GCUGUUUUCAAUUGUUUUAACUGACACCACAGAAGAAGGGCUGUUAGCUUUAAAAUGGCUUGUUUAGAGUUAUAUUAGUAAGCUAUUUGUUUUAAUUAUUUUUAUUGUAUUUUUGAGGUUUUGAUCGUUAUCGAUUUGUAAGUUAAAGGUGAUAAAUGUAGGAUUUAAAUCACUCCGCUCAGCUCUUGGAAACACAGCAUCUAUAGCGGGUUGCUGAAAGUACCCUGAAAUUCAUCAUGGAAGUCGGUACAGUGGUACAAGAAGAGCUAAAAUUUCGUGGAGUUGAAUUUGCUGUUAAAGUGGAGCUGCAAGAUCGCUCACUGGCGGUCGAGAUUUCAGAUAUCCUGACUGCAGACCAGUGGAGUGGCGAAUUCGACCCAGCAUACAUUGAAGAUCUCACUCGCAAAACUGGAAACUUUAAGCAGUUCCCUAUCUUCUGUAGCAUGCUCGAGUCUGCAGUCAGUAAGACUAGUGAGUCGGUAACACUCGAUCUGCUGACCUACUCGGACCUGGAGCUUUUGCGGAACAGAAAGGCGGGUGUGGUGGGGAGACCUCGUGCCCAGCAGCAGUCCCCGGCUCUCAGCGCUAAACGCUACCUCAUCCUCAUCUACACUGUGGAGUUUGAUAGGAUCCACUACCCUUUGCCACUACCAUAUGUCGGAAAACCUGAUCCUGCAACCCUCCUGAGAGAGAUCAGAGCUCUGAGGGCUGAGCUAAAUGUCAGGAGAAUGAGAGGAGACCAUGCAGUGUCCGACCAAGAGACCCGCCGACUGCGUGCGGAGUUGGCUGUGGUCAGAGAGGAGAAGGAUGCGCUGGCCGAGGCUCUGGAGCGACUGCGGUCAGUCGGGACAGGCUCCACUUCAGGGACUCGGGGGCUCAGAGAAGCGGUGCGCAGUCUGGAGGAGCAGCUUUUGAAAGAGAGAGCAAAAAGCCAACGCUCAGCAAGCAAGAGGGGACAAGAACAGCGCCAUCUAAUGGAGCAGUUGGAGGAACUGAGGGCCUCCGAGCGAGCUCUACGAAUACGUGUGAAGAGUCUGACCACCGAGUUAGCCAUGCAACGCCGAGGCCGGAUUACACCGGUUCUGUCAGGCCGGAGCGGGUCCAGGGGUGAGGCGGAUUUCCCACGGUCGGCCUCUAGGGAGCGGAGUUUACCCCGAGCAGGGAUGAGGGCACGCUCAGGGUCCAGAGAGAGAGCAGAGGAUCAGAGCAGGAGGUCAGAAGAGAGAGGGAGAAGGUCAGGUUCUUCUGGAACACGCAACCACUUCUCAAGACCUUCACCGUCUCCAACAGGAUCUCGAGGGCAACGAUUUGACCCAACAGCUUAUGUUCAAGAGCGACAACGACGCCAGAAAGAGACAGAACUCAAGAACCAAAGGAAGGUCAGAAGGGACAUGCUGACAUCACCAGGUCUGAAUGAACGGGGUCGUUCACGGUCCAGAGAGCACGUUCCUCAGUUGGUCAGACGGGGGAGUGCUGGCAGGGGCAGGAGCACGUCUGUGGAGAGCAGGAGUCGUCGUCACUCUUCUGAAAGCUCAAUGGCUGAAUUUGAGGAUCUCGCUAAGCCUCUGAAUAGCAGAGGAAGAAAACUGCCGUAUAAUGGACCAGCUAUGAUAAGAGGAAGACACUUGAACAAAAAGCCACUGUGUAGCACUCCAACACAAAGAGUGAGAGAGAGUUCUGUGGAUACUGGAGCAGACCUGUCUGAGAUUGAUGCCCGGCUCCAGGCCCUGCAGGAGUACAUGAGAGACCUGGACACAGGACGCUAGCGGCUUGGGUGGAUUUUAUCCCCCGGGGGUUUUAUUGCAUCUGGUAGUGAAAUUCAUCAGGGUGGACAAUCAUUAUUUCUUUUAACUCACUGUUCAGAUAGAGAUGCCGAACGUUACCAGUCCUACAGGAUGAUGUGUGCAAUUAUGGAUGAAUCAACAGAAAAUGUGUGAUUUUAUUCCUUGACUUGAAAGACUCCUAGUGUGUGUGUGUGUGUGUGUGAGAGACUGGUUGUACAUGCUGUGUGUGUGUGUGUGAAUUAGGAUAUUUAUAUGUAGUGUAAUUCUGUUUUAACCAAUUUAUACAAGUUUUAUGACAUUUUUCUACAAACAUUUUAAUUCAUCGUUCUUUGCUCAUACCUUUAACCCAUUUUCACGACUAAUGUCCCGUUAAGGUGGCGACACAUGAUGGGAUUUGUGUUUGAUUAAUUGAGAGCCACUCAUUUACGUAGAAAACCUUUUUCACGUUGGCCUUUUAAACAUUAGCACACAUUCACAAAGUCGUCAGGAAGAUUUAUACAAUCAUCUCCCCACACCCCCGAGUGACUGAUCUGCUAAAGCAUGCUUGGUGUUUUUAAGCUGUUUAAUUUUUUACAGUAUUGGAAUUACUAGUAAGAGAGGCUUAGGGCAUCUUGUUUAGCAUUCCAGUCCCCCUUGCUUCAGAAAGCAUUAUUUAGGUCAGUUAUACCAUUUGUACCUAAAAUUUCAUUUAAAAAAAGCACACAAAAAUGGCCCUACUGAAUUAAAACAAAUAUCCAGCUUGACCAACAUUAUCACUCAAAUCACUUUCAGCACACAGUUUAUCCUCCAGUAAUCCAUGCUUCUUAUCUGAGUCUGAUGUUAUUGUGUAGAAAGCUGAGAGAGAAAGGGUUUUUAUCUGUGUUUAAAGAUCAAACCCAGAUAAAACCCUUUCUAUAGUCACAGUAUGUUCUUCAGUAUCUGGAACCAUGCUGAGCAAACUCCCAAGAAUCAUUUAGAGAAGCAGUAUUUUCGAUGCACAGUGUAAAUCUGGUAGUAAACGUGAUGGUUGGUUUCUGAAACUGUUCCUUUAAUGCAAAUUACUGGCUUUCCAUAGUGAAGAGAAACAAUAUUUUGACCUGUAUGCUCCACUUAAAUGUUAGCAACAUGUAGACCACAUCAUGUAAUAUGCUAGAAUUUAUUUAUUAUUCCACCAAAAUGUUUUGACUUUCAUAUUUCAUAAAUCUGUUCAUUGAGAGACUCUCCGGUGUAAUGAAUAAAACGAUCAGAAUGAGCACAUAAGUAUAAACCUGUGAUUUUACACCUCCUGACCGGUCAGACGCCAGAACUGAACAGCACUGUGUGACGUGUGAUACUGCAGGAUUGUUUUUAUUGUGAUGUGGUCUUAUCUCGACCCUCAGAGUUCUGCAACUGGAGAAAGGAUUCAGUUGAAGCAUUGCGGUUUUGCUGUAGCAUGUCACAGCUGGCCCACAUCUCUUAAUCAGAAGCUGUGUGUCUGUGCGGCUCAUCCAUCUGGCACGACAUCUGCUGGCCCCUUCUCCCUCUAGCAUACACAUCAUCAUGCGAGACAAAUCUCUGAGUUCAAAUAAUAUGCUAGGAAAAGGCCAGAUUGGUUUAUUAAAAAGACUUCGAUAUUAUUAACAAGUGCAGUUACAUCUCCCUUGUAGUUAGUUUCAUUACCUCUGUCUGUGAAUCAUGUGGCAGCAACAUAAUGCAAAU